AUGUCAAAGCAGUGGGCUUCAAGAGACGGUUCUUUCAAGAGACAAGUGUCAAAAUUUCAGGAAAUAAUUUCACCUGAUCAUCCAGUUUUCAAGCCAGCCAAGGGUCGUUACUGGUUGUACGUUUCUUUGGCAUGUCCAUGGGCACAUAGAACUUUACUUACAAGAGCUUUGAAAGGUCUAACUUCCGUUAUUGGUGUUAGUGUCGUCCACUGGCAUUUAGAUAAUAAGGGAUGGAGAUUCCUGCCAAUUGAUGAAGCCACUCUAGAGAUGGCAAAUCAGAAAAACUUAUACAAGGAUAAAGCAGGCGGCAUUGUCGGUGCCCUAAGUGAUAAGUCCUCUCCUGUCGGUAAAGUUCCUAACGAUAGCGCCAGAUUGUUUGUCGACGGUACAUUUGAUCCAAACGAACAUGCUCAAAGACUAAGUGACCUUUAUUACAAGGCAGAUCCGGAAUACGAUGCUAGAUUUACUGUUCCAGUUCUUUGGGAUACCAAGCUGAAAGCUAUUGUUUCUAACGAAUCUGCUCAAAUCAUUAGAGUUCUUAACAGUGGUGUUCUUGAUGAAGUAGCUGGUGAUGAAGCUACAAAAUUGGAUCUAGUCCCCAAGGAACUGGAGUCACAAAUUGAUGAAUUUAAUAGUUGGGUUUAUGAUAACAUUAAUAAUGGUGUCUAUAAGGCGGGUUUUGCUGAAAGUGCUGAAAUCUACGAGAAGGAAGUCACCAACGUUUUCCAACAUUUAGACAAGGUUGAAGGUAUUUUAAAGCAAAAAUACGAAACUUUGAAAUCAAAAUACAAGGGUCUGGAUGAAGUUUUAUCUCGUUAUUUUACCGUUGGUGAGCAAUUGACUGAAGCUGAUGUUCGUCUCUACACUACGAUUGUAAGAUUUGAUCCAGUUUAUGUGCAACAUUUCAAAUGUAACCUGAAUACUAUUAGAGAUGGUUAUCCGUUUAUUCACUUGUGGUUACGUAACCUGUAUUGGAAUUACGAUGCUUUCAGACAUACCACUGAUUUCGAUCACAUUAAGUUGCAUUACACUAGAUCUCACAGUAGAAUUAACCCAUUGGGUUUAACUCCAUUGGGACCAUCUCCUGACAUUAAACCAUUGAGAGACUAA